AUAACUUUUACAGGCUUACCCAUUGGUCAGCAUAUCUAUCUGUCAGCCCGUAUUGAUGGACAGCUGGUGGUGAGGCCAUACACUCCUGUCUCCAGUGAUGAAGAUAAGGGUUUUAUGGACCUGGUAGUUAAGGUCUACUUCAAGAAUGUUCAUCCCAAGUUCCCAGAGGGUGGAAAGAUGAGUCAGUAUCUGGAGGCCAUGAAGGUGGGAGAAACCAUUGAUGUGCGUGGUCCUUCUGGUCUUCUGGAAUACCGGAACUGUGGAGUGUUUUCCAUCAAGCCUGACAAAAAGUCUCCACCAGCCCUUGUUACUGCUAAAAAAGUCAACAUGAUUGCUGGUGGCACUGGUAUCACUCCUAUGCUACAGUUGGUACGUCAAGUGGUUAGAGAUGAGGGAGACACUACUCAGCUGGCACUGGUGUUUGCUAAUCAGACUGAGGCUGACAUUUUGUUGCGGAUGGAGCUGGAAGAAGUUCAAGCGCAGUAUUCAAACAAGUUCAAGCUGUGGUACACUGUGGACCGUCCCCAGGAAGGAUGGAAGUACAGCAGUGGUUUUGUGAGUGCUGACAUGAUAUCAGAGCAUCUGUACCCUCCUGGUGAUGACACACUGGUCCUCAUGUGCGGCCCACCUCCCAUGAUCAACUUCGCCUGUAUCCCCAAUCUUGACAAGCUUGGUUAUUCCAGCAGCAUGCGAUUUGCUUACUAGGCCAGAAUCUACUGCAGUACCUUUAACCUCUUUACUACCACCCGGCCAUGCGCCACUGCAAGCCAUUAUACUGCCUCAGAGCACCAACCCCCAUAUGAUGCCCCAUAUCAUGUGGGAGUUGGUGGGCAUUAUGUUAUUUCAAAAUUGCAUAAUAUAAGCAUUCAUAAAUUAAAUAGUAUCUGUAGUAGUAGUACUAGCAGCAGCAGCAGCAGCAGCAGAACAGGCUUUUAGUGGUUUACUCACCAGAUGAUGAUGAUGAUGAUCUCUUAAUGUUAAAGUGCUGCUGUUCAGCUCUUUCAUUCAUCCAUUGUUCCUCAUAAAAAAAAUGAUAACAAAAUACCAUUCCUACAUUUGUAGAAACAGGUGCCACAUCACUUAUCCCUGCUGCUGCUGCAUCACUGAAGAUUGACAGGUCAUCAAGAUGAGCAUAACCAAAUCAUCAUUAGAGCCUCCUGGAAGGUAUUCUGAACCAGAACUAGAACCACUAUUUUCCUCCAUUUCCACCACACACACAUAUUCAUGAUAUGGAAAUUGACCAGGUGAUACAAGCAGGAGAUCUAUAACACUACAAAAGACUACCAAAGCAAUACAAAAUAAUUUCAAAUCAAAGAAAAGGCACGAGAUGCUGCCACGUCUCAUUACACCAUACAUAGAGGUCACUAAUUGGCUAGUGUGUUUAGGGGUGUGGUUGUGGGGCAUACAUAUACACAGUAACUAAUACCAUUUCUUAAAGCUGACACAAACAGAAAUAUACUGUCUAAAAUGGAUAACUUUGUUCCAUCAUGUAUGGUAGCAUGUGACAGUAUAUACUACAGGACAUCCAUAUCACAUAUGUGGGUACAGGAUGGUAGUGAAGGGGUUAAUGCUCCAUGUAGAAAAUAAUUGUAGUUCUGUAUGUGAAUAUGAAUAUGUAUUCUGUAGUGCUCAUUGAAAUAUAUGCUUUUUGUGUUGGGAUAUAUUGUGAUAGAUAUUUCAUAGAUACAAUGUAACAAAUUGAGAUAUUGAUAUAUAUAUAUAUAUAUAUAUAUAUAUAUAUAUAUAUAUAUAUAUAUAUAUAUAUAUAUAUAUAUAUAUAGUACAGUGGACCCUUGGACCUUGAACGUAAUUCUUUCUAGAAGACUUUUCCUUGUCCGAAUUGUUCCAAGUCCAAAACCGCUCUCCAUAAGGAAACAAUGUAAAUAAUUUUAAUCUGUUCCAAGAUCACAAAUUUGUACCAAAAUAAAUAAAAAUUGAAAAAUGUAAAA